UUUUACCCUAUGAUCGAUCCUGGCUAUAAAAUAGCUAUCAUAGCAAACACUGUAGUCUAUUUGCCUGUGGACAGCAAACACAUAAGUUCUAUCACAUUGCAAAUUGUAGACGAAAGUGGAUGACUAGUUAAUUUUCGUAACGAACAAAUCAAUAUUACUCUUCAUCUGAGAAAACAGCAAUAAUGGUACUAUUGUUUGUUAAACGACUUGGUGGUAAUAGGCAAGAAGGAAGAGAAGAAGAUUCUACACGACUAUUGGAUUUGCCAAAUAUUGAUAAUACAUGAAAUUCGUUAUGAAAUUAAUGGGGCUGAGGUUGAUAGUACUCGAAGUCCAGGCAUAACUACACUUUUGAAAAAUGCUGUCACUUUUGAAAAAGAUGAACAGGAGAAAAUGGAGAAUUCCGGCUAUCUUCACGAUUCUACCAACGGAUUUAAACCAUUUUCGGUGAAUGAAACAGACACAAAUAUUCUCAAUGUACCACUACGCUAUCUGUUGGGUUUUGCAGAAGACUAUAGACGUAUUAUGCUGAAUGUCAAACAAGAAUUAGUGUUGAGACGAGCUGCCAACAAUAUUGAUUGUCUUAAUACCAAAGGUAAAAUUGACAUUAAACGCCUAGAGUGGAGGAUACCGUACAUUGAGGUUUCUGAUGAAGCAAAACUUUCUCUAUUGAAAAUGGUUAGAGAUGAUACACCUAUACAAAUGUCAUUCAGGCAUUGGGAACUUUAUGAGUAUCCGUCUGUACCAUCAAGAACAAAGCAUUCAUGGAACGUGAAAACUGCAUCACAUAUGGAAAAUCCAAGGUAUAUUGUUGUUGCGUUGCAAACUGCAAGACGUGGUGUGGCAACAAAGAAUGCAUCUCAUUUUGACAAGUGUAAAGUGAAAGAUGUACGUGUUUAUCUGAAUACACGUUACUUUCCCUACGAAACUAUUGACGGGGAUGAUUCUCGUAUGUAUAACAUGUACACACAAUUCAAUGGAACCUAUAAUCACGGAGAUACACGUGCCGGAAUUCCACUCCUACCAAAGUCUGCUCUACAAAAGUUGCCGUUAUUUGUUUUCGAUUGUUCACGACAGACAGAAACGCUGAAAACCGGCAGUGUGGACAUAAGAGUUGAUUUUGAAGCUAGUGAAAAUAUACCUGAAUCUACACGUGCCUAUUGUCUCAUGAUCUACGAUGUAAUUAAAGAAUACCGCCCCUUAACUGGAACGGUUCAUUCGGUCUGAUAAAGUAGUAGUAAGAUUAAAAAAACUUUUGAGAUUAUUUAAAUUUAAAAUAUAAUAUAAUUUGUAAACUCAAACAAUGUGAUUAAAAA